CAGAGACAGAGAAGAGAUGAAGUUAGCUUUUAAGGAUAGUGUGAAACUAUUCUCAAAACUUAGCAGUUUCUAUUAGUUUUCUGUCCCGACAUGAUUUUAAGCUAACCAAAGGAUCGAAGUAUUCGUUAUCCCCACCAAAAUAAUGUUCUUUGAGGUUGAGUUCAAACCAUGGUAGAAGAUUUAUUAUUAUAGAACCUUGCUGAUAUCAAAUGUGGAAAGUUAUAUGGUUCUACCGUAAAACCCAAUUCCUAAAAGAAAAAUAGUAACUAUUCAUCUGAUUUCUUUGUUCUUAUUUGUUUGUUUGGGACCUUUGGGUUUGGUGGUGUGGUUUUAUGCUGCCAUUAAUCUUGAUCUGUACAGAGUAGGUGGUAAAAAAAGGUUAGAAGAACUUAGAAGGAAUAGGUUAGGUUUGAUGAUUGAAAAAAAGUUAUCUUAAAGGUUAUAUAUUCGAAAAAUCUCUCCUAAAAUAGUUCUAAUUUUAUCGGCACGACUCACACUUCAACAAGAAUCCAACUCCUUCAUAUACCAAAGUAUUUUUGGACUUGGAAAAUGCUAGUAUUGACAUUGAUUCAAACAUGAUUAAUAGUUUAGAAAUGAAAGUGAAAACAAUGGUUUUUCUUAAUAAUUGAUUUUUUUUUUAACAUUUUGUUACAAAAAAAGAAGGAUAGGUUAAGAAAUUAUAAAAGUAGAUUUGAAAGAAGAAAAACACUCCAAUUCUUCCCUUUUGGAAAAAGUGAAUGAAUGGCUGUGGUGAUUACACACACACCUUCCCUCAAUCUUCUUCACAAACCACACCAUUCUCCCUUUUUCAUCAUCUUCUUCUUCAUUCUUCCCCUGUUUUCAAUUCUCAACAAAAUCAAUGGCGUCUCUUCAAUCUCUGGCCUCCACUACUUCCCCUUCUUCUCCUCAUCUCCUUCAUCCUUCUUCCACCAAACUUAGACUCUCUUAUUCUCUCCACAGCAGCGCCUUCUCCUCAUUCCACGGCCGCUCUCUUUCCCUCUCCACUACCAAAUGCCACACACUCACUCGCCGCACUUACCGACAACGUCCAUGGAACCCCAUCCUCAUGGUUCAGCCCAAGAUUCAGUUCAUCCAGGGCACGGACGAGCAGACAGUGCCGGAUGUGCGGCUCACGAAGUCCCGAGACGGAACCAACGGAAUGGCGAUUUUCAGGUUCGAUCAGCCGUCAGUGUUCGAUUCAUCGGCGGAGGUUGGGGAUAUCACCGGAUUCUACAUGAUUGAUGAAGAAGGGGUGAUUCAAUCGGUUGAUGUGAAUGCGAAGUUCAUCAAUGGGAAACCGGCGGGGAUUGAGGCGAAGUAUGUGAUGAGAACCCCGAGGGAAUGGGAUAGAUUCAUGAGAUUCAUGGAGCGAUACUCCAAUGCCAAUGGCUUGCAAUUUGUCAAGAAAUGAAAUCAGGUUCUUUUUUUCUUUCUUUGCCCAAUUUUGUUUUUGCGUUUGAAAAUGAAGAUCAAUACUGUGUUUGAUUUAUGGCUGAUGGAUGAAGAUUUAAUUGAUGCUUUGUUCUAUGUUCUUUC